AUGGCAACUAACUGGAAGAGAGCAAGUAAGAAGAAACCAGCCAAGGUUGGAAGGAAGAAGGCCAAGACAUCUGGUGGUGAUGAAGCAGUAACUCCAAGAACAAGAGCAGCAUUGGCAAGAGAAGCAUCAGCAAAAGCUAAGAGGGAGGCCCUGGAAGCACAAAUGAAGGCAGAAGCAGCAAGGGAACUAGCAGAAGCAGCAGCAAGGGAGGAAAUGGAAGCUACAAGAAAUGAAUUUGAAGCAGCAAGGGAAGAAGAAGGAGGCCUGGAACUAAUGGCUUUGGAAGUUGUUCUACCAGAAACACCAAUUAGAAGGGCACUGUUUGCACAAGAUGAAGUCCAACCUGAGCCUGUGAAGAAAAUUACACCAAGGAGGAAGCAGUUAGCAACUAAAGUGAAGAAAACUCCACCACCUAAGAAGAAUGGAGGGAAGGACAAGGGGAAGGGCAAGGGCAAGGCCAAGGCCAAGUGA